AUGUGGCAUCGUUUGUGUUUCCUUCUGUUGUGUUACAUCACAGGAACUCUAGCGGAACGGUCCGAUACAAAACCGGCCAUCCAGUUCGACGAAGCAUGGCUGACAAUCAACUCAACCGUCCAGUUUACUACCUCCAUCUUCUACAUCAACACUGAGUGUUAUAAGUGUCCGUACGUGUUAUGGGGCGAAGCACCCGGACUGACCACCACUACCUUAGUGGUCAACACAACAUUCGGAACAAGGCUUAGACUGCAGCGACACCUACCGAGUGGAAUAAAGGAGACUUUUUGCGAGAUUGAGGAAAAGUUCAAAGAGAACGGUGACUACUUGCUAGUUCUGAAGUAUUCGUCAUACACUUCUGGAUUGUGCGACAUCAUGCUGACCAAUGAUCCACUUCCAGCGGAAAUGCCAAUCCUGUAUGUAUUUGCUGGACUCCUAGGACUCUUCAUCCUCGUUAAAGUUGUUGUUUACUGCUACAGACAGCGUACCCGUACCCAGUCGGCUAAUAUUACUGACCCGGGUCAUAGGUCAAGGCAUGAUUUACACGUCACGAAUAUGAGAACGGUGAAGAAGACAGCCCCCGAUAAUUACGGGACCCUGGAAAUGGACAUCCGACCUCCCUUGUAUUCAGAGGAGCAGAAAUCACUGGAUACAUUUAGAGGGUUAAGUUUGGUCAUUAUGGUGUUCGUUAAUUAUGGAGGAGGAGGGUACUGGUUCUUUGACCAUCCUCCAUGGAAUGGUAUAACUGUGGCUGACCUGGUCUUCCCAUGGUUUAUAUUUAUUAUGGGAACUGCCAUGAAUUUCUCCUUCCGUGGAAUGCUGAGAAAAGGAAAAUCACGGUUAAGAAUAUUCUUAAAAUUACUAAAAAGAUCGUUCCUGUUAUUCGCCAUUGGACUUAUACUGAACACUAACUGGGGACCUGUAAACCUCAACAAUAUACGUAUUCCUGGAGUCCUCCAACGCUUUAGUCUAACUUAUCUCGUGAUAGCAUUGAUGGAGCUCCUUUGUACCAGAACAGAAGACUCCCAUCAGGAAAGCUGUUUUGCACCGAUCCGAGAUAUUGUGCUGUAUUUGCACGAAUGGGUUAUCGCCCUUGGCAUUCUAGUCGCAUAUGUCGUCAUCACAGAAUUUGUACCAGUCCCGGGAUGUCCCACUGGCUACAUCGGUGCCGGGGGUCUAAGCGAGGGAGGAGCAUAUUACAACUGUACCGGCGGUGUAGCUAGUUACAUUGACAGAAUGGUGCUAGGAAGUGAACACAUCUAUAACCAUCCGACACCUCAGCGAAUUUACCAGACUACAACUGCACACGACCCAGAGGGAAUAUUGGGAACAUUAACGUCCAUUUUUCUUUGUUUUCUCGGCGUACAGUGUGGCCGUAUCAUCAUUACCUACCCUAAGCAUAGUUCUAGGAUUUGUCGUUGGAUGGUUUGGGCCAUAGUCACGGGUGGUAUAGGUACACUCCUUUGUAAGGCUUCUCAGAACGAUGGUUGGGUGCCCCUCAACAAAAACCUUUGGUCCGUGUCAUUCAUCCUCAUCACUGCUAGCUUCGCUUUCAUCGUCCUCUCCUUUUUCUACGUAGUCAUCGACAUACUCCAUUGGUGGGAUGGAGAUCCGUUUGUAUAUCCUGGUAUGAACUCCAUUGUGGUAUACGUCUGCCAUGAUGUGUUCUAUCGCUUCUUUCCCGUGAACUGGCAGAUGGACUCCCCACAACACUGGGAGCUGCUUCUCAAAGCAGUUUGGGACACAGCCAUCUGGGUAGUCCUUGCCUAUAUCCUUUUCCGGAAAAAAAUAUUUGUAGCGCUGUAGGUUAAUCAGAAGACAUUCCACGUACAACCAAC